UAUACAAGUGACACUUGAAAACACUCAUCAACGGUAAAACAAUAGACUUCAAAAGCAUGUUGCGCUUCAUAGCCGCAACGGCGCUCAUUUGCGCUGUUUAUCAUGUGGCAACUACAAGUGCUGCACCGCAUCCACCAACUACAGCAGCGCCGCUGGUGGGCAAUCAACCAGCCUAUGACACGAAAUUCGAUAACAUCGAUCUGGAUGAGGUCUUGAAUCAGGAGCGUUUGCUGCGGAACUACAUCAAGUGCUUGGAGAAUACCGGUCCUUGUACGCCCGAUUCUAAAAUGUUGAAGGGUUUCGCCAAUUUCAGAGAUACUCCCCGACGCUAUAUCAACCGAUUGCGCCAAAUGCUCGGAGAAGCAGAAGCUUGGCUCAGCGAAGGUGACACACUUUUUGAUCGACAAUCGUCCGGAGGAUUGGGCACGUUUGGAGCAGAUUUACGAUCCGUCCGGCAAUUACCGUUUGGCCUAUUUGGCGGUGAAGGACAACAAAGGCGAUGGCGCGGAGAAACCUACGGAGGCGGUUACUAAGGCAGAAGCCUGAGAAAUCAAACUAUGAUAACUGUAUGAGAACAUGGACCGUUUUAGGACUCAAACGAACUGCGUUGCAUUUUUCGAGCUUAUACCAAUUAAUACCUUAUUAUAUGAAAAUAUAAAUAGUUUAGACUGGCAUUCCAAAAAGUACAAAAAAAUAUAAAAAGUAUAUCAAAAAUCAA